AAGUUUAGUCGCAAGGUACCCGUAUCGCACAACGCACCUCACAUAUUUUGUGCUUGAAAUUGAUGUGUGUAGGUGCAUAUAUAUCUAUGUAUGUGAUAUAUAUACAUCUUUGUGUGUACUCAUUAGGUCCCUGUAUUUAUGAAGACGUAUCGGCUCAAAAAUGAACAAGAAAUUUAGAAACGUAUAAAUUUCGUAUAAUAAUGGAAUUGGCUUGAAAAAUACAAAACCAUUUUCUUGAAAAUUGAAAGAGAAAUAUGUCCAAAGUAUAUAGAUUCCUGUUGUUGAAAUCGGGCUGAUAGGAUAUGAUAUAUAAAGUACGCAAGGUAUGUUUAUACCAGAAACACUAAGAAGCUGUAUGAUCGAGACGGACGUAUCUUCCUAUUUACAAACAUCAUCUACCGGACAGGUAAAAACUAUAUAUGAUGAAUUUCACCCAUUCAUUGAGGCAUUAUUACCAUACGUCAAAUCAUUCUCGUACUCUUGGUUUAACUUGCAAGCUGCUAAACGAAAAUAUUACAAGAAACACGAGAAGCGCAUGUCGUUGGAAGAAGAAAGGCAUUGUAAGGAUGAGCUGCAGAAUGAAAAAACAGAAGUGAAACAGAAAUGGGCGUCACGACUUUUGGGUAAACUACGAAAGGAUAUAACACAAGAGAGUCGAGAGGAUUUUGUGCAAUCGAUUAUUGGGAAACGUAAAUCCAUUUGUGUCCUAUCGAAUCCCGAUCAAAAAGGAAAAAUGAGACGCAUCGACUGCCUAAGACAAGCCGACAAAGUCUGGCGUCUCGACCUCGUUAUGGUUAUACUCUUUAAGGCUAUACCAUUAGAGAGUACCGAUGGCGAACGGUUGGAAAAGAAUCCUGAAUGUCUCCAUCCCGGUCUGUGUGUCAAUCCCUAUCACAUAAACGUCUCCGUGAGAGAGUUGGAUCUGUAUUUGGCGAAUUUCAUCAACACGCACAAUUCAUCAAUAAAUACCAUCUCCAGUUCAUUGCCUAGCAGCCGAUCGGCCCAAGUUGCCAUUUGCAGUCAACAUCGAAACAAUAAUAUACCAGUAGACAGAAAAGACGAUAAUGACAUUGAUGCGAAAACAGAAGGUCUUCGCCACAAUCCAUACAAUGGUGUUGUUUGCAACGAUAUUAUCCUGGCCACCGGAGUUUUCUCAUCGCAGGAGCUCUGGACCCUCUCCAAAGACUCAAUACUGGAUGAAGUGAGUGAUAAUAGCUUGCAAACGAACAUUAUCAAGAGGGAGAAUCUGGGAACGGCUUUUGACUGCAACACAUAUCAACUGACUCCCGAUUCACCCAUAUCCAGCUCGCAGGGCCAGGCACAAGCAGGUGCUAUUGUGGCCAAUACAAUUCCUGGCGGAUACAUUGACUUUAUCGAUCAGAAUCAGAGAAGCGUACACUUAUCAUCGUCUCCACUGCUGCGCGCAGAUACGACAAAUGGCUCGAGCGAUGCAUGCAAAAUUGACCAAAGCUCGUCGCCUCCACUAAUUUCAUGUACAACAACAACGGGCACCGAGAACUGCUCAACUGGCAGUUUCUCUGUCGUCCUCCGAUCAGCUGACAACAUGAAUUCAAGUGAGGAAAUAACAACAGCGGCAGCUGAGUCCUCAAUUUCCCUGAAUCGAUAUACGCCUCUAAAUAGUCGCCCCAGUGUAGCUAUGCCAGCUAUUCGCUCAGCAGAAGCCAUAUUGCAUCACAACUGUUCGACAUUUCUGGCAACGUCUGUUAGCCCGGUUAAUACAAUCUAUUAUCCGCAACAUAGCAGUCCACGACUUAUGCCUCAUACGAUAUUAGAUCAGGAACAUGCACAUGCCACACAACAACAACAACAAGAACAACAGCAACAACAACAACACCAGCAGCAGCAGCAGCAUCAGCAACAGCAGCAACAACAGCAGCAGCAUCUUGCCAGCGACACACAUGAUAUAAGCGAUUUUGUAACGUACGUUUGCCAAGAUGGAGCAGGAGGUGGAGGGCAUUCAACAAGCCUAGCGGCAGCCGCAGCCGCAGCAACCUUAGAUAGUCCAGUCUUUCAGCAUGCGCAUCAGUUGUCCACACAUCAUAGCCAUCAUUCCCCUCACUAUCAAAUCCAUCCACAGCUGAGAGCAACGAAAUUGGGGGCUGCUCCAUCGUCGUCCCAUUAUCAUAGCACAAUGUUGCCUCCGAUGCUGCCACCGAUGGCUCGACCUGUUGCUAUAAUACGCACCAGCGCUGAUCUGGCAAGGGUCACGGGGCAGUCUUCCGCCACGUCCUCGUCGACGAAGGGCAGCACAGUGGCCAAUGAUGAUGAGAAUCGCAACAUCAAUUCAAUGGAUGGGGGUACCCAGAGUCCAGCUAAUCCAGAGAUAGAUCCAAAUACAAAUGCGGAUUGUACAACUUUGGUUUCAAGAUCCUCGCCACAGUCGCAGCCACAGCCACAGCCACAGCCAGCGACCAGUCCUCAUACCCAUACAAGCGAAAGUCUCCGAAGUAAAAUGCCAUCGAUUGCCUCGAAUUCGCUAACUCGAAUCGCAACGCCAAUGUACCCCACGGCAAAUAGUCGAGAGUAUUUCAAUCACUUUCAUACCCAAUCGACAUCGCUAUUGGGCUAUGCUGGAUCUAUUUCGACAAUGUCUGGUGUCAUGAGUCCAACAAAUCUGAGUUUAUAUUCAACACCAACAAUGACUGUGAGCUCUGCACAUCGUUCAAAUGCAAGAUCCCGAUGGAAUAAUGGACUAACCGAAGAUGAAUUUAACCUAAUUCCGCACUCUGUAGCUAGUACAAAUAUAGAAAAUACACAGGUUAUAUUGAUGGAAGAUUCAACGGGUCGUUUCACUGAUGAAUACUCUACAAAUGCAAAUCGUGAUUAUGUUUAAUAAAUUACCAACAUAAUAUUGUGGAGCUAUGCUUCGGGCAAGCUAAAGCUGAUAUACAAUUAUUAAGGCAUAUUUAAAAAGAACAAACAUACUGAUAUUCUCCCAUAACAUACAUUGUACAUAUGCAUAAUAUAAACAAAAGUAAAAGUUGAAACAAUUAUACAUAAAAUAUUUGGUUAUAUAGAUAUACAUAAAAAAAAAAAAAAAAAA